UUAGAGAAGAAAAUUCAAGCAUUAGAAACUCAGCUUGCACUUUACGUUCAACGUGAGUCAGAGCUAGAAAGCCAAUUGUUUAUUCUUCAACAGUCUAAAAAAAAAGAAUCCAAAAACGCACUAGACCGUAUAAACAAACACAUUCACCAAUUCGUAUUUCAGUCAAAACAAACUGACUUUGUUAAGAAAGACUCAUACAACAUCCUAUUUGAUGAAUCAAAUCAAGACAGUGGAGGCCUGAAUGACAUUUUUACACUCGAUCAACUGGAAGACGACUGUUCAGUCCUGAUGACAGACAAUGAGCCUAAGGCGUUCUUUCUACCUCGACUCAUAUCCAUGGUACAAGACUUUGUACAAUCCAAUGAUAAGCCAAUCCAUGAGUUUUGCAUGGAUCUGAACAGUGCUUUAGACCAGCUUGAGAAACAAUGGGCCGACUGUCAGGAAGAAAAAGUAGAGUAUGAGACAACACUUGACAUGAUGCGAAGGGAAAUGGAAACCAUUCUAGAUGAACUGGAGGACACAAAACAACAGAGGCUGCGCUACAAGACUCAAGUAACUCGAAUGCGUGAAGCGCUUCAAAAGAGAACUAGUUUUGAAGAAGAUGAAGAAAAAGAAGCUAUGCGAUUGCUUUAUAAUGAGGCAGAAAGACAAUCGGCAGAUCUGGAUCGAGAAUGCAAGCGACAAUCACUCGCACUUUCUAGUUUACGCAACGAAAUCAAAAGCGUUGAAGCAAAGUAUCAAACUCUUAAGCUAGAAAAAAACAAACAAUUGAUUCAACUCGAACAUCAUAUUGGACAAUUAGCAUUAAAGAACAAAGAGCCAUGCGAUGGAGUGCAAAUGGCGUUAAGAGCAUCCAAAGCAGAUGCUUCAUUGUUGCGAACACGAAUUUAUCAACUCGAAAAGCAAGUUUCAGUAACUAGCCAUCUUUUCUAUGAUAUCAAUCAGUUACAGUUUGUGCUGCAAAGCAAGUCGAAUCAAGCAAAUGAUUAUCAGAUGAAAGCUAAUCAAAUCGAAAUGGAACAAAGGCUAUGGAAACAAGAACAGUGUAAAUUGUUACGAAAGCAGCAUGAUAUUGAUCUUUUGAAUAUGCAUCGUGAUAUGAGGAAUUUAGCCUCUUAUCUCUGUGAACUUGAGGAUGAGAUUGAGCAACUCAAACUUACUCACAAGCAUGAAUUAGCCUUUUUUCAAUUUCAGACAACGAUAGAUUAUGAAAGAAAAGUACAACGCCUAUAUCUAGCGCAGCAACUGAAGGAGCGAGAAUUAGAACAUCAAAUGGAUGUUCUAUUCCAGAAGAAUCAGACUUUAAGAGAUGAAUCACUCGUAUUGUACGGCCGAAAUCUUUUGCUUGUUGAUCAGUUAGGAAAAAUA